AAGAUGGCAUCCUAGUGGAAAUAUGGAGAAAACAGCAUGUGGAUUUUGCCACAGAGGGCAAGAGGUUUCAGAUAUAUGUGGUAAACUUCAUGUUCAGAAUGUAAAAGGAAAGAAGAUUGCAGCUCACCACAAGUGUUUGCAAUACAGCGCAACAUUGAUUCAGUACAAAUUCGAUAGUUUUGGUGGGUUCAAAUUGGACAAAGUAUUAGAUGAAAUGAAAAGAGGACGAUACAUGCGUUGUUCAGAAUGUAAGAAGACGUCUAAAGGCAAGAAGAACAGAGAUGGAUUACCAAUAGGAGGUGCUACUGCAGGUUGUGCACUUAGAAAUUGUAAUAAAACUUUCCAUUUUUAUUGUGCUAAUUGCAGUACCACUGCCAUAACCAAGCGUAUGCUUAUAAAAUAUAAAGAACAGAAUGAACAGGUUGUGAUGUAUAGAGUUUUUUGUUCACCUCAGCAUGAAGCUAAUUUUAGGAAUAACAAAUCUGAACUUUUCUUACCAUUCAGUUCCAAGAUGGAGUCUUCUUCUGAAGAAGAGGAGGCCAAUGAAGAUGAACAGAGUAAAUCUGGCAUUAACUCUUCUUCAGAAGAAGAGGAUAUUGAUGAAGACCAGGAAGAAGAUAUUGAAUCUGAUACGCAGCAGAAUAAUAAUGCUGUACCACAACACAGUGAUAAACGCUUGUUAGAUGUUUCCAUCUUAACUCAACCAAGUCCUUCCCAAUCAAAGCUAGCACAUAGUAAUGGUAUAUCUUUCAGUAAAUCUUCCAAUUCAAUGUUCACUGAUGAUGAAGAUGAUGACGACGAUGACAAAUCUGAAGAGAUAUCUAACUUACACCUUAUAUUGGGAAACGAUGACGAUGAAAUCAGUAAGACAAAUAAGGUUAAAAAUGCAAAACGCCAUAAAAUUGUUCCUGAAGUUGACAGUGAUGAUCUUAACGAUGAUGAGGAAAUUAGUAAGCCAAAUAAAUUAAAAAGUGCAAAACGACAUAAAACUGUUCCUGAAGUUGACAAUGAUGAUCUUACCCCAAAUAAACUAAGAGUUGAGGCGGAAAUAAAUGCAGUAGCAGGAGGAAGCAGUUCACAGAAAGCAACACCAAAUCAGAACAAAAAAUCUGUGCCAAGAACUUCCAUAUUGAAAGAUCUGUAUGAGAACUCUUCUGAUGAUGAAAUAAGAGAAGCACCUGAAGAACGUCCUCGGUCGUCCCGCAGAUGUGCAAAAAAUGUAUCUUACAACAAUAGCAACCAACUACCACAAAGCAAUCAAAGGAACAAAAGAAAACAUUCAGGCAGUGAUGAUUCUAUUGUACAUAAAAAGAAAACGCCAUUAAAAAGGCCUUGCAUCAGCAGUGACGAAUCAGAAGAUUUUCUCUCUGAAAAGGAAGUAAAAAGUAGAAGUAAAAAAAUAAGACUGAAGACAAACAAAUCAAAACUUAAUGAUGACUCAUCUAAUGACACUGAAUCAAAAGACUGCUUAGACUCUCAGAUUGUGUUAAAAGUUCAACAGGAAACUUCAGACAAGUUAGAGGUCAACGUUAUUGAUGUAGAAGACGGAGAAACAAGCCCUCCAUCUGUUGUCAGAAAUUUAAAAGUUCAGCUGGACAGAUUAGAUCCAGAUACAAUUACUAGGAUGACUCCUAAAAAAGACAGAUCUUCAGUCCACAAGGUUGUGAAUACAAGUAGUUCAUCUGUGAAAGAUGUUCAAGAUGAUGAAGAAAACUCUAAGGAGAGUGAAACUGAUGAGAAGACGAAUGAUAAAAGUAGUGUUGAGAAGCAGAAAUCUGUAUCAACUGGCCAAUAUUUAGACCUUGGCAAUGGUGCUUCAAGUACAGAAUCAGAAACAGAGCAAAACAUGUACCCCACUUGUGGAUUGAUUUUGACUCAGGAUUUGGAAUGUAGUGACACACUGAGAGUAGAACUGAUGAAACAAGCAGUGCAUGAGUUAAAUAUAAAGGAAGACAAGCUGGCUUUCUGGCUAGAUGCUUUUAAGUUAGAACACCUUCAGAAGGAAAUAAUGCCUCAUCUAAUGAAUGACAUUGGUCAGAUAUUAUGCAAUGGGGGAGAUGACCAGAGCAAGAUUGCUAAGCUCCUGACCAGUGAAGACAAACUACACAGCCAGCUUCCUCAUUACAGCUAUGUUCUCAGUCUAUAUAAAUCUAUGGAUAAAACCAUGGUCAAGAGCAUGCAAGACAAUGUCUUUAAACAACUCAGGAUAAAUUUAACUAAUGCUUCCAAGAAAUGUGGUUGUACAAUUGGCAAAUUGUUAACAGUUCAGAAUAUGAAUGCUCUUUUGUUGAUAGUCAAUGAUAAACUUGAUCCAAGAGGGUUAAUUAGAAUGAAAAUGUUGCCAGAACAUACAGAUAGACUUUUCGAAUGUAAACCAUCAACUAAGUUUAAUAUGUUGAAUAAGUUGCCUUCGAAACUACAGCUUGAUGAGGAAAGAUCCAAAAUUGUAAAUUUUGUUAGACAGGAAUUUCAGCGCAAUUUUUCGUUGAAAGUUAUGCCAUCAGAAAGUAUAUUUCAGGUCUCAGAUGAGAGGUCUAAUGUAAAUUCAAUAGCAACUGAUUUGAAAAACUCCUGCAAGGAGGAAGAUACAUCAAAACAAGUACUUUGUGUUCUUCCAGUGGAUAAAAAUAUACUCAAUUAUUCCCCUUUUUGUAAGAAGGUGCUUGGACAAUUUACAUGGCUGACUGUUGAAGAUGAAAAACUGAGGAUCAUUGCCAUUAUAAAUAUUGAUGAAACAACAUCGACAAUUGAUGAUAUUAUAAGUUCUAUUGUUGUAGAAGAACAAAAGCUAAACAUUCUGUUAGCCUAUGAUCCCCAGGAAACACCUGUAUCAUGUGCCAUAGUAACUAAUAUUCCUUACAAAGAAGACAAGAUUCGGGUUGGAAGAAAAGUUGUAGCUCCAGAAGUAAAAGAUUCUGUCAGUACUCCAAGACAACAUUUACCUCUUAUUAGAAUUAGGAAAGAAGUGACUCAGGUUAUACGAUCCUCCCCAAGAAAGAAUGCAAACUAGGAAAACAUUCACGUAGUUACAUGUAGUAGAACAACUUCAAAGUGUGAAAAUGAAAUAAUGGAACAAAUUCAUGAGUGAGAGGAAAAUUAGAUAAUUAAUUGCAUUUAUAUAAUACAUGUAUAUAUGUAUAACAUCUGUUGAAAAUUAUUAAUCUGUCACAUGAUGGUUGGAAACACUAUGUAACUUUGGUUUUGAGAAUUGCUAGCAAUAUUUUGUAUACUAUGUAUACUAUCUCAAUACUUUUGUAUGAGUAUGAAAUGCCAUUAUGUGUUCCUAUUGAAUUUUAAGCAGCAGUUUAUUAAUAGAAAUAUUUUCAUCAGUCGUAAAUGCAUAUCAGUAAUACAUAGGUAUAUUCAUAGAGUGCUGAUUUUUAUGAAAUCACAUAUUCCAUGUGAAAUGAAAGUUUUCAUGCAUCUAUUUAAUUUACAUUUAUUUUUAUAUAGUUCUGAAGACCAAAAUUUUAUAUUGCGGGGAAAGGGAACGAGGAAUUCAGAUUUUAGGCAUUUUGGCGUUAAAUUCUUCAAUAUUUCCAAAACUGUCUUGAUAGUGUUAUAAGCAGUUUUUUUUCACGAAUCUCUUUUGUAGAGAAUGAAGAAGUAGACAGUGUCUCAACAUAUGGUUGAUAGGCCAACUCACUAGUUACCUGUCUUUAAAGUUUUAACAGGAUAAAGAAAAUAAAGGAGGCAUCAGGAAAUGAUUUUUUGGGGUUCUUUUUAUUCAGGAUUAGCUUGAUUAUGUUUACAGGAGUUUUUUUUUAUAUGAUUUUUUGGCUAGCCUUUUGAAAACAAGCUUUGUAUCUAAAAAAAAAUGAUUUUUUUUUUAUUUACAAAAGCACAAUACAUGUAUAAACCUGUUUUUUUGCAAAGCAUAAAACACAUUCUUUUAUUUAUACUCCUAAAUGUAUGCUACCUUAAACAAUACAUGUACAUGUAUGUACACAGUCUUGUUUGUAUGUAAUGAAUAUGUGUAUGUAAGAAGGUAGUGAAUAUGUGUGUAUGUAAGAAUGAAAUGAUAGUAUUACGCAGAUUGAAGAUUUUACUUGUCUGAUUUUAACAUAUUAUGAUCUAGUCAUUUUAUACAGUGUGUAUGCUACAUGUGCAAUGAAUUAAGAUGUGUUUGCCUGCAUAUGCAUUUUUUUACUUUGGAAGUUUUUUUGGUUUUUUUUUUAUAUUUGUGACUUUAUAAAAAACAUCCAUUGGACCAUGUACAGAAUUAUGAAUAGAAAAAUUUGAAUGGAUGUCAAAUACUUUGUGCACACUGAAAAUGUAGGUGAAGUUAAUGAUUUGUAUCAAUAGCUUUAGUAGGUUACCUCAUUUUCAAAAGAGCCAUUCCUGGUACUUAAACUUUAUAGAUUGGAAUGAAUCAUCUUUAACAUGUCUAAGUUGCUAGAACUUUAAUGUCCUAUCUGUUUUUAAUGUGUGAAAAAAAAAAAAGAGUUUUUUAUUGAGAAAUUUUUGUUAGAUUAGUUUUAAAAAGCUUUCUUUUUUGUUACCAUAUAUAAAUAAAAACUCUAAGCUUCACAUUACUUAGAAGUUUUAUAUGAAACUGAUAUUUGAUAUUGUACUUCCAUAAAGAAAUAGAGAAGCAUCUAGGUCGUUUUAUUAACAUAUAAUAUAUAUUGUUGCUCCAAAUCACAAGUCUAGGGUUAGUUUAGGUAAUUAUGCGCAUGUGUACAGUUUUCUUGACUUCCAGGGAUAUCAGAUUGAAUGGUUGCUCUGGAUUCCCAACUCUAUUGAUUUAUUUGAAACUCAUGAAAUUUUUUCUAUGUCUGUCUGCUAUUGAGGGUUGUUGUUGUUGCAUAGUUUUAAAUUGUUUGCAUCAUUUAAAUUAAAAUAAAUGUAGUCCACAUUGAAAGGUGCAAGUACAACACCCCUUCAGCCGAAAUGGAGUCUUCCAUAUUAUCAUUUCGAGGUGUCUCCCUUCUGGAAGUAACUUGCAUGAAUUCUGAAUCAAAAUAGUAUACAAUAUGACAUGUCAAGAAAAUUAACUCGUCCUGUCGAUAGAUGUCCUUUUAUAUUAAAAAGAUUGCAAUUUAAAGCGGAAUGUGUACAGAAAGGAGUCAUGCCCACUGACCUAAAGGAAACUAAAUAUUUAAAGAGUUAGGAAUGGGAUUCCUUCUAGAAUUAACGUAGGAAAAUAGGUGAUAAGAUACGAAGUGAAAUACCGUACCUCACUCUCAGUGACUGCUGGGGAAAGUAAACUUGGAAUUGACAGUACAAAACUAAGUACAUUGUUCAUACACUUGUAUUGGGCAUUGGCUAUUUUUAGAGUUGAGAAACUGUUAAGAUUACAUUAAUUACAUUUUACUUGUACAGUUGAAUUAGUUUUGAAAAUAAUACUAUCCAGCUAUACAUGUGUGAAUGAAAUUUUCAUUUCAACACAUUGGCAAUCGUAUCCCUCCAUUCUGCUCUUUGAUUAAAGUAUGUAAUAAUUUGUAAUAAUGCAAAGAGGAUAACGUUGUGCUUUAAAAACAAGAGGUAUAAAUUUACCUACAAUCCUUGAUAUGAGUUUGAAGUAUUUAAACAAAAUUGACUAUAAAAACCAACAAUAUUUAGAUUUUUUUUCUAAAUGAACAAUUUAAAGUUAUUCAUCUCCUACAUAUGAGUAUGAUGAUGUUUCUUAUAAAAAUAAGAGUAAAAGUUAUUCUUAGCACUGUACCUCAUUUGUCCCUUUAUGUGGCAACAGAGAUUCGGAAACACUUCAAUUGAAAUUUUAUGGGGUUGAUCUUUUUUCUUGAGAUGUUUUAAGAAUCAUAUAGGUAUUUUAAAAUUAUAAUGAAGGUCCCAGACCACCACACAUUUUUCUAGAAAAAAACCUAUUAAAUAUAUACAAAGUUUAUAAAUAUUUUUGUGCAUAUUUUUUUUAUCUAAGAAGAAGAGCAGUAGUCUCUGAUGUAAAUAUGUUUUUACUUUUAUUCUGUUUUCCUUUUAUAUUUUUGUCCAAGUAUAUGUAAUAUUACAAUAGUUGGGGGUGGGGGUCUAGAUGCUUGCCAGCUGUAUAUUGUCUGGUUUUGAAAAAAAACAUGAGUGACAUCACUAAAAUAUGCAAAGUAUCUUGAACCCAUUUAUAAAUUUGUAUCAACUGAAUUUUGUAUACUGUAUGAUUAUUUUGUCUUACACACACGUUAGCUUCAUCAGAACUGUUUUAACUCAUUGCAAAAAUGUCCUCCAUUUCCAUUAAAUCAGAGCCUUCAAUAAAUUCUAUUUUUUUAAAUUUUCAGCAGAUGGAUGUUUUCUAAUAUCAAGAUUGAUAUUUGUAUGAGUAAAUGAAUUUUGUUAUCACUUUUGUUAUAUUUGUAAGGGGUCAUUCUAUAACUCAUAGUUUGUGUUAAUGAUGAAAAAAACUUAUUAAAUUUUAUGAUGUAUGUUUGAAACGACUCAAUUAGAUUUUGUGUGGUUGGGUUAUGUUAUUACAUGUACACUGCUGGAAUGCAUUGUUAUAUUUACUUUAAACUUUUUGUUCACCUCUCCUUUUGCCUCUCCUGGUUCAAAGAACUCUUUGAGCUGUUGUUUUCACUAAAAAAUGACCUUGUAUUUGUUAUUGUAUGUUAUAAAAUAAUUGACCAUGAGAAGGACGCAAAAAACAUUAAUUAACAUCACUGGACUUGCAUUUGAUUUUAGUUUGAUGAUGGGAGAAAAAUAUGAACCAUUUAAAUAAGAUUUUUAUCUAUUGAUUUAAAGGAAUUCUCAGGUAUUUUAGCAUAAGACCAUUUCUGUAUUUAUAUACAUCAAUGUAUAGUUAUGAAAAGUUCACAUGAACCAGGUCAGUGGUCAUUAGAGAGUUUUAUUUGUUAGUUCUAGUCUGGUUUAUAUAUUCAUAUUUUGAAAUAAGCAUGAUUUAUCUAUCAUUUGUAUGUAAGUUCAUAUAAAAAAUCGAUAAUAAACGAUUAUCAUAUA